UCCGCAGUUCUGGAGCUGCUGCCUUCCUGAGAAGCCGGUGGAGGGAACCCAAGAGGACAGAGCCCCCAGCCCGGGCGCCAGGCCCCCUCCCCACCUGCCACCACGGAGGAGGAGGAGGACAGCCAGCCCCUCCGGCCCUGGCCUGGCCCAGCAGGGGCAGUGUGCUCCUACCUGCCCCUGGCUUGGUGCCCAGCCAGGCCCAGAGUCCCUGAGGAGGGGGCCCCAUGCUGAGGGCAGAACUGUCAUGAGGGCUCAAGGAGGAAGACCUGGAACUGGACCCUGAGGGUUGCCCAAGAGGAGAGGAAGGGGACCCCAAGAGAAGCAGGACACCUGGCAACAGGACAGGUGGCAUCCAGGAUUCCCCUCUUGUGAGAUUCUUUGGUUGUGUCACCAACAUUAUCAACAUUUAUUGGGCACCUACUGUGUGCAGCGCAUGAACAGCCCAACCUGCUGAUCAUCGCUCUGCAUCAGUCCAGCCCCCCACGGCCACACCAUGUCUGGCUCCUACGACGAGGCCUCACUAGCUCCAGAGGAGACCACUGACAGCUUCUGGGAGGUGGGGAACUACAAGCGGACGGUGAAGCGCAUCGAUGACGGGCACCGCCUGUGCAACGACCUGAUGAACUGCGUGCAGGAGCGCGCCAAGAUCGAGAAGGCGUACGCGCAGCAGCUCACCGACUGGGCCAAGCGCUGGCGUCAGCUCAUCGAGAAAGGCCCACAGUAUGGCAGCUUGGAGCGGGCCUGGGGCGCCAUAAUGACAGAGGCAGAUAAGGUGAGUGAACUGCACCAGGAGGUAAAGAACAACCUUCUGAACGAGGACCUGGAGAAGGUCAAGAACUGGCAGAAGGACGCCUAUCACAAGCAGAUCAUGGGCGGCUUCAAGGAGACCAAGGAGGCUGAAGAUGGCUUCCGCAAGGCCCAGAAGCCCUGGGCCAAGAAGAUGAAGGAGCUAGAGGCAGCCAAGAAGGCCUACCAUCUGGCCUGCAAAGAGGAGAAGCUGGCCAUAACACGGGAGAUGAAUAGCAAGACGGAGCAGUCAAUCACCCCUGAACAGCAGAAGAAGCUGCAGGACAAAGUGGACAAGUGCAAGCAGGAUGUGCAGAAGACGCAGGAGAAGUAUGAGAAGGUGCUAGAUGAUGUGGGCAAGACCACACCCCAGUACAUGGAGGGCAUGGAGCAGGUGUUCGAACAGUGCCAGCAAUUUGAGGAAAAGCGACUGGUCUUCCUCAAGGAGGUGCUGCUGGACAUCAAACGUCACCUCAACCUAGCUGAGAAUAGCAGCUACAUCCACGUGUACCGGGAGCUGGAGCAGGUCAUCCGGGGGGCCGACGCCCAGGAUGACCUCAGAUGGUUCCGCAGCACUAGCGGCCCAGACAUGCCCAUGAACUGGCCCCAGUUUGAGGAAUGGAACCCAGACCUCCCUCACACCACCACCAAGAAGGAGAAACAGCCCAAGAAGGCAGAGGGGGUGAUGCUGACCAACGCCACUGGGGUGGUGGAGCCCACAUCCCAGGCAGGGGACCGUGGCAGUGUCAGUAGCUAUGACAGGGGCCAGCCUUAUGCCACCGAGUGGUCGGACGACGAGAGCGGGAACCCAUUUGGGGGCAAUGAGGCCAACGGGGGUUCCAACCCCUUCGAGGACGACGCCAAGGGGGUGCGUGUGCGGGCACUCUACGACUACGACGGCCAGGAGCAAGAUGAGCUCAGCUUCAAGGCGGGAGAUGAGCUCACCAAGCUGGGCGAGGAGGACGAGCAGGGUUGGUGCCGCGGGCGGCUGGACAGCGGGCAGCUGGGUCUCUACCCAGCCAACUACGUGGAGGCCAUCUAGCUGCCCUUCUGCCCUCCGCACUUCCCCCCUCCGUCACCCACAGCCUCCCCUCCCUUCUCACUCUCGUCUCCCUCCCCUUGCCAUAGAGUUCCAGACAUAUUUUCCGACCAAGCUUUUAUUUUUUUAAAAGUUAAAACAGGACAAAACAAAAAUUACAAAGAGACAGAGCACUCUCAGGGCCGCCCGGAGGCCAGGGUGGUGGGACUUGCGGUGAUGGCUCCAGCGUAGGCGAGGGUUUGGGGACUUAGCGCAACAGAGACAUCACGUCUGCUCUUCAGAUCCCACCAAAGAGUCUCCGGGGCCCUGAGGGAUGACUCCUGGACCCUUCGCCCCUGUCCCACUGCCCCCACCCUACCUCAGCCCUGCCCUCCCUCCUCAGGCCGCCAGCACCUGCCCCCAUUCCCUGGGCCUGGUUUUCCCCACCUCUGCCUCCUGUCCACCCUGCUGCCCUUCCACAACCGCCCUUUUCAAAGGCCUCCACUCCAGACCCCAGAAAAAGGAGGCCUCCCAGUCUGUAGUCUUCCACUGCCUUGGGGAGUGCCCUUCUAGUUCACCCCUAAGGAUUGGGGGGCCUGAGGAGGAAUGGUCACUCUCCUCCCCCUUAGAGAUUCCCAGGAAUCCCCAGGCUCCCCCAGACACAAAGAGGAGUAAGCUGGACUUGGUGACAGUCGGUGGUGUGGAGGAGGGUGAGAGAAGGGGCAGCAGUCCGCCGCCUUCCCAGGCCAGGCUUGGCGCCGCUGAGGGACGGCGACUCCGCCGGGGCCCUUCAUCCUGUGGGCACAGGCUCCUCCUCAGGGCCACACCCCUCCGGCACUCGCAGAGACCCCGCUCCCUCUCAGAAGUCCUCAGGCUGAGGGGAGGGGCCUCAACGCCCCGGGCACAGCCGGCGACAGUAGCAGCCUCCUCCCGUUUCUUGGGGAGGAGAGCAUCGCCCGCCCAUUCUGCCUCCCUCCCUCCUUGUCCGUCUAAAACCGCAGAAUCACUAGGCGCAGCCAACCUCCACGAGACUCCCCAUCCCUCUCUCCUCCUCUCUGGCAUGCCUGGGGAGACACUGCAGGCCCAGGGAAGCUUCCAGCCUGGGGAGAGCCUGCAGCCAAUGGGAGAGGCAUGGGGUUGGCAGGGGGGAGAGCCCUGGCCCUCAGGAGCAGAACAGUCAUCCUGUCUUUCUUCCUUGUCCCCCGCCUGCCAAACCCAGCGCUAGUCCCUGGAGCCACACUCCCCUUGCUGGCAGCCUCUCCAUAUCUCCAAGCUUGGGUCUCAGUUAAAGGACUUUUGGGGAUGGGAGGAGGCAAAGGGCCUGCCCAGAACAGGAGUGUUUCCCAUGGUUGGUGAAAGUGGUGCUGGAUUACCAAGUAUCCAUACCAAGUAUGGCCUCCCCCUGGGAAUGGGUGGUG